CCUCUGACCCGUCUCACUUACUUAUUCAUGAGCUGGCACCGGCGAAUCUUUCAUAAAAGAGACUCCAUUUUAGUUUUACUUCACUCGCCGUCGCGCACCCUGAAGGACUGUGAGCCGUGCAAGUCUGUCACCCAAGAAAAUUCAACAUGUCGGAUGAAGGGAAACUUUUUGUUGGAGGCCUGAACUUCGAUACUAACGAAGAUUCAUUGGAGCAGGCGUUUUCCAAGUAUGGGAGCAUCACCAAAGUGGAUGUUAUCCGAGACCGGGAGACCAACAAGUCCCGUGGCUUUGGUUUCGUCACAUUUGAAAACCCUGAUGAUGCAAAGGAUGCCAUGUCUGCAAUGAACGGCAAGUCUGUGGAUGGGAGGAUGAUUCGUGUGGAUGAAGCUGGCAAAUCUGGAGGAAGAUCUGGUGGUGGCUUCAGAGGUGGUUCUGGAAGAGGAGGCGGGUUCUUCAGGGGUGGCAGAGGUAGAGGCGGCGGAGGCUACGGGGGCGGUGGGGGCUACGGAGGCAGUGAACGCAGCUAUGGCGGAGACCGAAGCUACGGAAGCAGCGAUCGGAGCUACCAAAGCAGCGACAGGAGCUACGGUGGGGACCGGAGCUAUGGAGGGGGCGACAGAAGUUAUGGUAGCAGUGGCGGCAGCGGCGGCGGCGGCUAUUCCAACAGGAGCGGAGGCGGCGGUUACUCUGGAGGUGGCAGUGGCGGCGGAGGAAGUGGAGGAGGAGGAGGAGGAGGAGGAUAUUACAACAGAGACAACAGUAGGAGUCAGGGAAGUUAUGGAGAACGUUCGUCGACUUCCUACAGAGAGGGCUAUGACAGCUAUGCUGGUCACGAGUAAAAAUCGUCCCGAUUUCAAGAUCAUCUCUUCACUGGCUGCGUUUAUAAAGCUGUGCUAUGAAGACUUCUUUUUGUUUUUGCCCCCAAAUGUUGAUGUAAACUGGUUGUAGCCUCUUUAAAGCAGCCUGACGCCAUCUUUUUUAUACAAAGGCUUUUUUUUAUCUUCAAAUUUCGGUGUAGGACUUCAAUGAGAUGUCUCAACCUGAAACAUUUAUGAUUUCAUUGCAAACCGAUGCGCAGUGGUUCCUACGUAAAGAGUUCACAUUCCUGGUGCGCUGAAUAUAUUGUAGGGAAAAGUUGUUCAUUUUAUGGCUGUAUUUAUAAAGAACUCAUUGUCCUGUUUAUUCUUAAGAUGAUCUUGUUCGACACAGCUUGAUGGCUUCUAAAAAUGAUACCAAUUAUUCAUUGAAAGUAAUGCAUUACUGGAGAAAUUUUUAAAUUCCAAUUCUUUUAAACUUCCACAUCCAAAGUUUCCAAUUGAAGUCCCCUGCCCCAGAAGCUUGGUGAACUGACUGUUCAAGGCUUUGUGUGCCUUGAACUGUGUAAUGCAUUCCUUCAGUGUGGCAAGGCAGGGAUGCUACCUGGAAUCCUGUGUUCCUGGCUGACCUCCUUGAUCUAGCUGUAAAGAUCUGUAAAUAUUCAGUAUUCAAAGAGUGAAUUACUUUCAGACUGGUGAAACUGAACCUGAAGUUGGCCAGCUGUUCACACGAGGUGCUAAUUGCAACCUGCUGCUGUUUGCUGGAGGUAUUUUGCUCUUUGCAACCUGUGUGUUUUAAUGUACUCUGGACUGAACUGCUCAUGAUCAAUCUAAAUGUUGCAACCAAUGUUCCUCUUGGGAAAGAAUUGUGCUUUUUGUUCUGUGUAUCAAUUUUGAAGAAACGUUUUGUUUUUUUUGUAAACUUUGGCUUCAUGAAGCCUAUUAAAACCCUUGGAUGAAAA